CUCUCUCUCUCUCUCUCUAUGACGCACUCCUUCGCCGUCGAGCUACGGGUCGCUCCUCGACUCCAGAAUCCCUAAUUCCAUCCUGAUGUUUGCAGCUGAAUUUUGCUAGGUAAUUGUUUUUUUGGGACUAAAGUUGGCUUGGAACACUGGGUGGAACUAUAUAGCAAGAUAGAAAAAUGGAAGCUGAAGCACCUCCAGAUGUGUCCGUUGAAUCACACACAUUGGAGCAGGAAACCAAGGAGGAAGUUGAAACACCUGCAGCUUUCUCCACUAAGUUGCGCCGUGUGAGAGAGGAAAACAAGGGAGCUAAAACAAUUGUGCACACAACUCAGAAGGUGCAGAAAAUAAAGGAGGAAAAUGAAGCUCCUGCAGAUGCCUCUGAGCCACACUCAACAGAGCUGGAAGGCAAGAGCAAAGCUGCAGAGAUUUCCAAUAAGUUGCAGGCUCCUGAAAAGAAAACUAGGACGGUUUUGAAACCCAGAUCAAAAAUUGCCAAGAAAUCUCCUGCCAGUAAUUCCUUGAAUAAGAAAAAGGCCAAAGUAACUGUGGCAGAACUUGAGGGGGAAGAAGAAAUAAAGAAGAAAGGAGUAUUGCUGUUUAAUAGUGGAAAUGGCAGCAAAGAAGAUGACACCACGGAGGCCCUAUGUAUGGAGCACGAAAAUGAGGGAACUAAAUCAGCUGCAGAUGUCUCCACCAAGCCACAUUCUAUGGAGAUGGAAAAUAAGAACAAAGUAGCGGAAACGUCCAAGGAGUUGCUGGCUCAGCCUAAAAAUGGGGAGAAAAUUCAAGCAGCUCCAGUUGUCUCCACUGAGCCACACUCUGUGGAGCUGAAAAAUAAGAGUGAACCUGCAUGGGUCUCUGAAAAGGUGCAGGGUUCUAAAAAGAGAACUAUUAAAGUUUUGAAAGCCAGAUCAAAAAUUGUCAAGAAAUCUCCUGCCAUUACUUCACCGAUGAAGAAAAAAGUCGAAGCUACCAUACCAAAAGUUGAGGUGAAAAAAGCGACGAAGGAGAAAGAUGCGUUGUCAGUUAAGAAUGGAAAUGGCAGCAAAGAAGACUCCUUGAAGCAAUAUACUUCUGGUGAUAAGAUGCAACGAAAUGCAGAUGAUUUCAGGAGUGAAGAAAAAGGUGAUGGCAACUCGAAAGGUAAAACUAGCUGCAGUCAUGUAGAGAAGAUUUCAAAGGAACUAGCUGCAGAUCAUAGUGAGGAAAAAAGAGCUGAAAUGCUUGGAAAUAGCAAAAGGAAAUUGAAGGAAACAGUAAGACAAAAGUCGAACAAGAGUUUGAACAAUUUUAAGGACAUUGAGAAACUUGACAAUUUGGAAAUGAAACCGAGAAAAGAAGAUAAAGAAAAACUUGGUGGUUUGAUUUUUAUGUGUAACUCAAAGACCAAACCAGAUUGUUUAAGGUAUGGUGUCAUGGGCGUCUCCUUGAAUAAAAAGGAUCUCGUGUUGGAUGUCAGACCUGGUCUCAAGCUUUUUCUGUAUGAUUAUGAUCUUAAGCUAAUGCAUGGAAUUUACAAGGCCACCUCUCCCGGGGGCAUGAGACUUGAGCCUAGAGCUUUUGAUGGGGCUUUUCCAGUUCAGGUGCGAUUUAAAGUUCAUCUCGACUGUUUUCCGCUACCGGAGAGUAUCUUCAAAUUGGGCAUGAAAGAAAAUUUUACAACUAAACACAAAUUCAAAACGGAACUUUCUAUUAAACAGGUAAGUAGGCUUGCAGAACUUUUUCGACCAAUAGAGCUCCAUCCGAAAGAAUUGCCUGCUUAUUCCCCGAGAUUGACUGAAAGCAGAAUGAGGGAUUCUCAUGUCAGAGCUCGAGAAUCACGACAUCUAUCACGUGGGGAAACAUCAGCGAGGAAUCCUUAUGCUGAUCAUCGAUCUCGAAGACUUCCGGUAUUAGCUCAUGAAAGGGACCGGCUAGUUGUGGACCGUGAGCUGGCACCUAGGCCUAGAGCAGAACCUCGAGAAAUGUAUCUUACGGAGCAGGAGUAUCGAGCAUUUGGUCUUCGAGGAGAGAGGAGAAACUCAGGUCUCGCAAGACAUGUUUCUCCUACCUUAAGACCAUACCGGGAUGAUCACGAGAGAGAGCGCCUUCGAAGACUGCCAGAAGAGAGACAUAGGGAAGUUGCUCCGGCAUCGAGAGAAUAUGCUGUUGGACGUAGCCAUGGGAGUGACAGGGAAUUCAGAACUUAUUCUAGUCAUCCGAGGCAGGAAUUGCACUACCAAGUUCCUCCUUCUAGGGCAGGUACUUCUGCUGCUGCUACUUUUGAUUCCUACCGCAAGGAUCCUUAUGAUGCAUAUCGGCAUGGUGCUGCAUCUGGGGACUCAUAUCCACAUUCUUCAAGAAGGGAGGAUGUACCCUCGGGCCCUUCUGGUAAUAGGCGGGAAAGUUACUUUAGUGAGAAGGACCGUCCACGAAGGAGAGGAGUUGAUCGGGAUGAAGCACGUCCAAGGUAUACUGAUGAUCUAAUGGGACGUGAUCGAGCACACCAUUACAGGAUUAAUGAGAAAAAUGAUGCUAGCUUGCCAGUUUCGUCUCGAUACUCUUUCGCAGGUCCGAGGAUCUGAAAUCAGCAACUUUUUGCCCUCAUUUUCUUGCAUAUGAGGGUUUAUCUGCGGCUUGACUUGUUCCAAUUUGUAUCUUCCUAUUAUUUGUCUCUGAGCUGCACACCCUCACUUAAGUGACUGCACUUUUGUGUCCCAGUGCCAUUCCCCUGCAUCGUUGGAUAACUUGGGUCCGCAAGAGUGUAAACGGAGUUUGGUAAAUAACUGGCACAUGUCUUCCAUGGUUCACAGAUUAUGUGCAUAGUGAUUUCCUUCAUAAGGACCUGCUGGAUUCUCAUUUAGCUCGAGAUUUUAUAUUUUUUGAGGCUGGACCAUUUCGUUUUAGAAUGAGUUCAGGGUGUGAUAGACUUGGUUUCUUUCGUUACAGCCUACAAUUGUAAGAAAGAAUAUGAAUUGGCUUAAUUAUUGCAUGACAGACGUUGUUCCAUAAUUUUGUUUUUGGUCGAAAUUCCAUAAUUUAAUUAA